AUGCCGUUCAAACGAGAAAUCAAUACUGGCUGUCCGGUGGGGACGAACAUCGAAAUUGCUGGAAAACCGUAUGACGAUCUGAAGAAAUCGAUUUUUCUGGUUUUAAGCACCAAUAAUAAUGAUAUGGCACUCAGAAUAGAGCUAUUACUCGGACAACCUUCAAAACUGAAAAUCGAUUGUACCGUAUCCCAAAAAACAUCAACUGCAAUUGAAAUUCCGGUUUUAUGCCCUUUAAACCAACGGGCCGUGCUGAGAAUAGUCACUCUACAGCACUCGUUUCAGAUCUUCUUCAACGACGCCAAAGUGGCCGACUUUGUUCAUCGUGUAGAUCCGUCGCUGGUGAAAACGGUGCUUCUCACAGGUCCACUGAUAACUGAAGAGGUCAUAAUCACUCCACCAGCAGCGGCCACCCUCCCUACUUACGAGCAAGCAACGUCUCCGCCAGUGGAGCUAAUGGCGAAUUUGAAUUUAAGUAAUUCAAAUAAUCUCCAAAAAAUUCCCCUUGAGCAGCAAAAAUACACAAAUGAUCUACCACCACCGCCGGCAAGUGUGCUCCAACCAACUGCUCCCGCAGGCACACUACCUAUGACAGCCGCCACCACCGCCGCCCCUGGCACCUCCACCACCUCCUCCUCCUUCUUCUACACUGGAAAUUCUCAAGGAUUCUCCGCCCACCCGUAUCCUCUCCCAGGUCUUAUCGAUAAUGGAACCUAUCCAUCACAACAGAACACUGUUGGUCAUUUACCUCCUCCUCCUCAAACUUCAGCUCCAUCGGCUCCGCCCAUCGCUCAGGCUCCGCCCACUCAGAGGGCUCCAGUGGUUACGGCUCCGCCAGUGCAACCUGUGGCUGGUCAUUAUGCUGCUACACCGACCUUCCCCCAAACUGCCGCCUCCACACCGAUUGCUCAGCCUCCUCCAAUUGCUCAGCCUAGGCCAUAUUACCAAAAUCAGCAACAAUUACCCCCUGGCUAUAAUCCAUAUGUGCCAAAUAUGCAGCAGUCGUCAGUAGCACAAGUACCGUAUCCACAAGUAGUGCAACAGCCACAAGUACAGUACCCCGCCCCUGUCCCUCAGACGUAUAUGUAUCCACAAGCCACGCCCAUGAUUCAACCGUAUCCAGUUUAUCAGCAAUAUCCCAUGGGCUACGGUUACGCUCCAGAGGUGAUCUACUACGAGAGCGGACACCAUCACCAUCACCACGGCUUCUUUGGGCACCAUCACCAUCAUUGCGACUAG